UUUCUUUUGAUUAGGAAGAAGUCUCUGCAGCGAUGUCGGAGACCGCUCCCGCCGCCGCGCCCGCUGUCGCGGCCCCCGCCGCCAAGGCCGCCGCCAAGAAGCCGAAGAAGGCGGCGGGCGGCUCCAAGGCCCGCAAGCCCGCGGGCCCCAGCGUCACCGAGCUGAUCACCAAGGCCGUGUCCGCCUCCAAGGAGCGCAAGGGGCUCUCCCUCGCCGCGCUCAAGAAGGCGCUGGCCGCCGGCGGCUACGAUGUGGAGAAGAACAACAGCCGCAUCAAGCUGGGGCUCAAGAGCCUCGUCAACAAGGGCACCCUGGUGCAGACCAAGGGCACCGGCGCCUCCGGCUCUUUCCGCCUCAGCAAGAAGCCUGGCGAAGUGAAGGAAAAAGCCCCCAAGAAGCGGGCAGCCGCGGCCAAGCCCAGGAAGCCGGCUGCCAAGAAGCCCGCCAGCGCCGCUAAGAAGCCCAAGAAGGCAGCGGCGGCGAAGAAGAGCCCCAGGAAAGCCAAGAAGCCGGCAGCUGCCGCGGCCAAGAAAGCGGCCAAGAGCCCUAAGAAGGCGACUAAGGCUGCUAAGCCGAAAAAGGCGGCGGCAGCCGCGAAGAGCCCGGCCAAAGCGAAGGCGGUGAAGCCCAAAGCAGCCAAGCCCAAGGCGGCCAAGCCGAAAGCGGCCAAGCCAAAGAAGGCGGCGUCCAAGAAGUGAAGUUUUCAAGUGGAAAUACUUAAACCCAACGGCUCUUUUAAGAGCCACCCACUAUUGUCCCAGAAAGGGCUGAUACACUCCGCCGCGGAGCUCCGUGCUUGCCGCAGGGCUAACCCCACGCCAUGUCUGUGUGGGACGUUCGGGACGUUCGUCUGUGGAGUGAAUGGGACGCUAAACUUCGGCGGUGUUUACGCUAAGACUUGGAAAAAUAAAGUUUACGUUCCCUGCUAAAA